GCAGACAAGACGCAGAUCUCGGGGUGUUCUCGUAGAUAGCUUUUUGUCUCAUUGGAAGCAGCUACGCAAAACUUGGUCGUGGGAUCACGCACCUCCACCAUCGAGUGAAAACCGUGAAUGAAAUUUAACGUUACAUUCACGAUUCUACAACGGUUUCUGUCCUGCACGUCCUUGUCGGUAUUGGUGAGCAAGACUCCUUCCACAUCAGCAAAAAGGACUAUCAACCGAUUCAAAAAGGCCAUCCUGAACCUGGAAAUCAAACAGACCUUCUACAAGAUGCAGCAGAUCACGCAGGAGCUGAAUACCAUCAAAUGCCACAUUCAAACCCUAACCAGUGAAAGCGUGACGGACGAGUACCUGUCUACCCAGCGGAUGGCAUACAACAACUGGUUGAAUCGGCAGAACGGGCGCACAGCAAGAAAGCUCACAAACAUGCUGCAAACUCCAAACAGCAACGAGGAGCCCACAUACAACGAACACGCAAUCCUCAACGCGACGGAGUUAGAGGUGCCGGCGAACGUUCUGCACUUACUGAGUCUUGGUCCUAGAUUCGCACUACCCACUACAUCGCUAGCGCAAGUACCAUUCUACCACCUUUUUGCUGAUGUGGAAGGAGUCUUGCUCACCAAUACCGACAAGGACGUGCAGGACAGAAACCGUUGUAGAAUCGUGAAUGUAACGUUAAAUUUCAUUCACGGUUUUCACUCGAUGGUGGAGGUGCGUGAUCCCACGACCAAGUUUUGCGUAGCUGCUUCCAAUGAGACAAAAAGCUAUCUACGAGAACACCCCGAGAUCUGCGUCUUGUCUGCCGACAAAGGUAACAGGACCGUCAUCAUGAUGCGGGAGGAUUAUGACCAAAAAAUGCGAGCAUUGGUGAGCGACACAACAACAUACCAAAAGGUACGAGCAGACCCCACAUCUAGUUACCAAAAGGGGAACAACAGCAUAGUCAAAAGACUUCAAAACCUGAAGCUUAUUGACUACAGAACGGCUCGCGAACUGGCCUCAAACAACGCUAUUUGCCCUAGGAUAUACGGCCAGCCAAAGUCCCACAAACAAAACCUUCCACUCCGUCCGGUAAUCCCCAACAUAACUGCCCCAACAUACAAGCUGGCUAGGUAUGUUGCUAACAUCCUCCAAUCAUCACUUCGCAGUCAGUACAGCACAUACAGCUCGUUCGAUUUCUGCAAGGAAGUUAACGGUUUCAAAAUUCCCGAAGGCUACAUAAUGAUUUCCCUCGAUGUCACUUCACUGUUCACCAAUGUACCACGGCACCUGGUCAUUAGGAACAUAAUUGAACGGUGGAACGAAGUGACAACAGAAAUCAACCUGGAUCUAUUCUUGGAAAUAGUGGAGUAUUGCAUGGGGGCGAGCUACUUCUGCUUUGAAGGACAAUUCUUUAAACAAACAUAUGGAACAGCCAUGGGAAGCCCACUCUCGCCAAUUGCUGCAGAUAUCGUCCUAGACUCAGUCAUUACUAAAGCUAUGAGCUCUCUACCUUUCGAGACUACAAUCUUUUGGAAAUACGUGGACGAUAUCUUUAUGGUAAUCCCGCGGAACACUGAGCAGCAGGUGCUCGACGCAUUCAAUGGCGUAGAACCUAGGCUGCAGUUCACCAUUGAGACCGAACAGGAUGGCAAACUUGCGUUUUUGGACAUGACCGUCAUAAGAAACCCGGACCAGACCUUAACGACGGAAUGGUACGCCAAGCCCAUCGCUUCAGGGAGAAUGCUGAAUUACAAGUCGUUCCAUCAGCCGAAACACAAAAUGAAUGUGGCGAAAAAUUUCAUUCAUAGGGUUUGCUCACUCACACAAAACAAAUCCAUGGAUGAAAUAACGACAAUAAUCCAUCAACACCUCCGCAAGAAUGGAUAUCCAAAACAGUUAAUUAACCGACUACUGCAGCUGUACACCACAAAAACCCACCCAACUCCGUCGAUCGUCAACAACCGCCAGGCUGACGAUCCACCGCCCAACCCCCCCAGCCGACCAUCGUGCCAGCAAUCACCCACACCCGCUCAACCCCCACCGCCACCAGCCGCCACCACCACCGUCAGAAACACGCACAGUCAACCGCCACCGCAAUCAUCAAUUAGCCCAGCACUGCACAGAUCCCACACACAGACGACAUCCAGAGCCAACAUUGACGAAAUCGAAAUCCACCAAGCAACUAAUCCACCAACUGAACCAUGCACCGAUCAUCAAACAACCACAGGAUCCAUCCAUGACGCCAACAUGCAAGUACACGAAGAUCCACCUGAAACAAGACAAGAAAAAACAUACAGAUCACUUCCCUACAUACCAACUCUAUCACAACGAAUAGCUAAGAUCCUAGCCAAAGACUAUCCAGAUAUCUCCAUAACGACCAGACAGCAACGUACAAUCAAUGAACUUCACACCAUAGUUAAGUACCCUAAAAGAAAGGAAGAAAUUAGUAACGUUAUUUACAAAAUUCCCUGUAAUGACUGCAAUAAUUGCUAUAUAGGUAUGACUAGGAAUAAUUUGCACCGAAGAUUAGCUGGACACAGAUCAAACGUAAACAAACUGGAAAAAAUGAUUAAUGACAACACAAAUACUGACACAGCAACGAAUGCACUAGUUGAAGCGACAACCGCACUCAUACAACACUGCGUAGACCAUAACCAUAGAUUUAACCUAGACCAGACACAGAUUAUAGAUCACAGCAAUAAACAAUCCACACUCCCUUUCCUCGAAAUGUGUCAUAUUACCAACACGGAACACACAGUCAACAAACGAACAGACAUAGACAGGCUAAGUACGACAUAUGCAGGUGUACUACACAGUAUAAAGAAUAUUGACAGACACAACAAAAUUAGAAGCGAAGACCAUUUAGACGAAAGUUAGAUUAUUCCGAUAGGGCAUUACAGCUACCAAAAUGAAAGUUCCGAAUAAGGGGGUAUGCUAAAGAGGGAAAAUUUGCGCCAUUGCCAAAAAACCGUUGAACUGUUUAAGUGAUUUCGAAGUGUAAGGUAUUUUACAGUUAAAACUUCUAAAUGACAAAAUUAAUUUAAAACACACCCACCUUACAGCAUGUACCAAAAACGACACAAAACGAGACAGUUAAAGUUAGACAAAACAUUUGACCAAAAACGUUAAUAUUUAUUUUCCCCCUGAGGAAGACACUAUCCCCGUGUCGAAACGUCGGGUGAAUAAUAAAACUCGUUUUUUGAACCCUAAGACUGCGUAGCCGUUAAUCUAUAGAGUAGUUUUUUUUUUUGGUACACCUCCAGGCAUUGUUUAUUCUUCCCUUCAUUCGAAAUUCCUUCAGAUUUUUUUUUCAGAAGCAAAUUCUGAAAUCUUAAAGAAAUGUUUCUAUGAAUGCCUGUAGCACUUUCACGUAUUACUUCAAAGAUUCCUUCGAAAGUACAUCUUUUAAUGCAUUAAAAAGUUUCUCUAAAGAAUUCCUCCAGGAUAUUUUUUAUCACAUCUGAAGAAAGAAUUCCUUCAGAAAUUUCUCCAGGAAAAAGUUUAGGUUUUUUUUUGUGUACAAACCUCUUUAGAAAUUGUAUGAGAAAUUUCUUAAGAGGUAUCUUCAGGAGUUCUUCAAAGAAAUUUAUUGAAGGAUUUUUAAAGAACUCCACCAGUUUCUUUUUCUGCGGUUUUUGCAAACAUUUUUGUUACCCAUGAAUUUUCCCUAAAGAUUUUUUCCAGAAAUCCCUCCAUAGGUUUCUCGAGCAUUUAUUCCUUAGAAUUCCUCCAUAAGUCUUUAUUUUUUUUCGGAGGAGAGGGUGUUUCUUAAGGUAUCCUUCCAAGUAAUAACCUAGGCAUUUGUUCAGGAAUUCCUCAUCAGAUACCAUCAAAAGUGAUACAGGAAUUGCUUCAAAAAAUAUUCAAGAAUUUCUUCUAGGAAUUUCCAAAUGUAUCCCCAGGAUUUUCUAAGGAAUUUGAAAAAUGAAAAAUGAAAAAUUUAUUAGAAAACUUCUGAAGAAGUCUUUUGCUGAACCCUGAAGAAAUCCCUAGAAUUGUUAAGAGUCUCUGAAGAUUAAAAUAUCUCCAUUGAUUUUUUUUAAGAAAUCAUUGAAUUCAUUUCUGGAGGAACCUUUAAAUUUCUUAAACAGUCGCUGAAUGCAUAUCUGAAGGAAUCCGUGGCUGUUUCGUUUAAAGAAACUUUUCCCAGAGGAAUUUUUGGAAAACUUUCUUGAGAAUUCUCUAACAAAAAAUACGAUGGAAUUUCUAUAGGAAAUUUUGAAACUAUGCAUGGAAAAUGAUUUAAAGAACUUAAAAAUACGUGGAAUACUUUCUGAAAGGAAUUCCCGGAAGAUUUUCUAAAGAAAUUCAUGGAUCAAUAUCGAAAGGAAUUCAGAGAAGGUUCAAUAAAAAAAAUCCAAUUUUAUAUCUGUGUGAUCCCUAGAAAACUUGGAGGAAAACUGGAAAGGGAGCUAAGAAUGCCUGAAGGAUUUCUCAGAAAAAUCUCCGAAGGCAUUCGUAGCAGAAUUUCUUACAAAUUCCCUGGAAGAUUUCUGAAAGAAUCGCUGGAGGAAUUUCUUAAAAAAUGAGAAACUACCUGGAGAAUUCGUUUCCAAAUAAAACUUUGAUAGAUUUUCAAAGAGAAAUUUAAGGAAAAAUUUUAAACCUCGAUAACACCACUGACCAUAUAAAAGCUCUUGCAAGAACUAACCUCUAGCAGGGAGGUAUUCGUUUGAUACUCAAAUAUAAAUUAUUUCUAUUGGUAAGAUUGCUCAGGAACAAUUGUAAAACUUUUUUUUUAAACUUUUAUCUUCUUAUCUACAUAAAUCAAAUUAAUAUGUAGUCACGUUUAGAACGUCAACUCUACCCAGAAAGUCUGUGAGAAAUAACGAGUAUUAACUAUUCAACAAUCACUUGUUAAAUUAAAUUAAAUAAAUAUGACAAAGUAGAAUUCUAUAGGUGAUCUAGCUGGUUUCUAAAUGUGGUACAAAACGCACCAAACGCCAUAACGUUCGUUGCACAAGAAUAAGGAAGGAGGUUUCACUCAAAUAAGCCAUCCCGUGUAGUCACAAUUUCUCGCAAUC